AUGCCUUCAAGUGACCCUGAUGAAAAACCGAUGCCCGACAGUUCUAAGAGAAGAAAACUCCAUCGCAAGACUAUCACCGCUGAAAACCAUUCAAAAGGCCCCUCAGAACCCCUCCAGAAGGCCCCUUCAGCGGCGAGAAGGGGGCCGGGGGCCCCCCCCACCGAGGCCCCUCCAUGCUGUUUGGUUUCACCGGGCUCAGCAGCAACUAGUGGAGCGUGGCUGCAGGGAACAGUGGACAGCCGGAGAGUUCGCUGCUUGACACCCCCUCUGACGGUCCCAAACCCCUUGGGGGAGUCGGUUGUUUGUAUCCUGCAGCGCGACCUGCGGUUUCAAGACAACUGGGCGCUGUUGUUUGCCCAGGAUGCUGCUCUGUCUCUGAGGACCCCGUUGCACGUGGUGCAUUUGGUGGUGCCAGGCUACACAUACCAACGGACCGCCCGCCACCUUCAGUUUCAUCUGCAGGGGCUUAAAGAGCUCGCCGAGGACCUCGCGGCACACGACAUUGCCUUUCACUGCUUCCCUGUACUCGCUGCUGGUGGUGCUGCUGCUUCUGCUUCUACUGAUUCUGGUUCAGCAACUGCGGCAGCAGCAGAAGCCAGAGAACGCAUAGAACAAGUACUGCAGCAGCUCCGCCCCAAGCUUGUGGUUUGUGACUUCAUGCCGCUGAGAGAGUUAACGUCUUUGAUGGAGCAGGUGGGGUGUAUGUGCACGGAGGCGCUGCGCUGUCCGCUGUAUGAAAUAGACGCGCAUAACAUCGUACCCGCUUGGAUCGCUUCAAGCAAACAGGAGUACGCUGCGCGGACGUUUCGCAGCCGUGUAAUGCCGCUUUUGGCGGACUUUUGUUGCGACUUCCCGAAGGUGCGGCGGCACCCAUACAAGAGCAGCGCGCUGCAGGGGGUCACUGCCAAUGCCUCGCAGCAGCUGCUGCAGCAGGUGCAGCAGCAGUUGCAAGUGGACGACUCGGUGCCGCUGCCGCCGCAGUGGAUGCCUGGAGCUGCUGGGGGCCUCGCUGCCCUCACAGCGUUUUGCUCGCCGCAGCGGCUGUCUGCGUAUGCGUCACAGGCGCAGCAGCAGUUGCAAGUGGACGACUCGGUGCCGCUGCCGCCGCAGUGGAUGCCCGGAGCUGCUGGGGGCCUCGCUGCCCUCACAGCGUUUUGCUCGCCGCAGCGGCUGUCUGCGUAUGCGUCUCGGAACGACCCUCUGUUAAACACUCAGAGCGGGAUUUCCCCUUGGCUGCACUUUGGUCAGCUCGGGGCGCAGCGUUGUCUGUUGGCUGUCCGAGGGUUGGGGCCUGCAGCGAAGAUAGGGGCGGCUGCAUCAGCAGGCAGAGCCUCCUUCAUUGAGGAACUUGUAGUGCGGCGGGAAUUAGCUGAGAAUUUCACCUUCUAUAACGCGGCGUAUGACCAGAUUGCGGGGGCCCCCCAAUGGGCGCAACAGACGCUGGAGGCCCACCAAGGGGAUAAGAGGGAACACGUGUAUUCCCUGGCGCACUUUGAAGAUGCAAAGACACACGACAAUCUCUGGAACGCUGCUCAGCUGCAGCUCGUUCACGACGGCAAGAUGCACGGCUUUUUGCGAAUGUACUGGGCGAAGAAGAUCCUAGAGUGGAGCCCUUCAGCUGCGGAGGCACUGAAGACUGCGCUGUAUCUGAACGACAGAUUCUCUCUCGAUGGGACAGACCCCAACGGCGUCGUGGGCUGCAUGUGGAGUGUCGCAGGCUUGCAUGACCAGGGCUGGGCAGAGCGGCCCGUCUUCGGCAAAAUUCGUUAUAUGAAUUUCGCGGGUUGCAAGCGGAAGUUCGACGUGGACGCGUUUGUGCAGAAAGUUCAAGAAAGCGUCCGCAAGCGUUCACAGGGAGAAGCCGAGAAACCCCCCAAAAGAAAACUAAAACAAGAAACCUCUAAUAUCAAGGGCACUCGGGGGAUACAAACGACCACUACCAGUGCAACAAAGCCAAAAAAGAAUAGAUAA